AUCGCAACUCUGCCACACCUACCGUCUACACACAUUGACAACAACACGCGCAACGACGCUGCCCACACGAUGCUCCGACAGAUAAAACCCCGCAAUGCCCGCUCGAAGCGCGCCCUCGAGAAAAAGGCACCCAAGACCAUCGAGAACCCCAAGACUUGCCUCUUCCUCCGCGGGACAACCUGCUCGCAGCUCGUCCAAGAUGCAAUGACCGACCUGUUCUCCUUGAGGCAGCCUUUAGCCAAGAAAUUCACCAAGAAGAACGACAUCCAUCCAUUUGACAAUGCUGCAUCGCUCGAGUUCUUCUCCGAGAAGAACGAUACUUCUCUAUUCGUUUUUGGCUCAUCCUCCAAGAAGCGCCCACACACAUUGACCUUCGUCCGUAUGUUUGCGCACAAAGUCCUCGAUAUGCUCGAGCUCCACCUCGACCCCGAAAGUUACCGCGCCGUCUCACAAUUCAAGGGCCGCAAAUUUGCCAUCGGCCUUCGCCCCAUGAUCUCCUUUACUGGCACCGUCUUCGAGAGUCCGGUCGCCAACGAGUACACCAUGGCAAAGAGCAUGUUGAUCGACUUCUUCAAGGGGGAGGUUAGUGACAAGAUCGACGUGGAGGGCCUCCAGUACAUUGUGUCCAUCUCAGCAGAAGAGCCGAUUGGCAAUGACGACACCAAGCCGCAAAUUCACAUGCGCCUCUAUCUCAUCUCGACCAAGCGCAGCGGCCAGAAGAUGCCCCGCGUCGAGGUCGAAGAGAUGGGUCCGCGUAUGGACUUCCGUGUCGGCCGCUCGCAGCAGCCCGACGAGGCCGUGCUCAAGGAGGCUAUGAAGAAGCCCAAGACGAACGAGGAGAAGACAAAGAAGAACAUCUCGACCGACACGAUGGGAGACAAGCUCGGCAGGAUCCACCUUGGCAGGCAGGAUCUCAGCGAGUUGCAGACAAGGAAGAUGAAGGGUCUCAAGCGCUCGCGGGAUAUGGACGUCGAAGAGGCCGGCGAGUCAUCAAAGAAACAAAAGUAGAAUCAGCGAAACGAGUAUUCUGCAAGGCUGGGCGAGUUACACAUAUAGAGCUAGUCUGGGUCUGGCAUACGGCUUAGCAAUUAUCCUCUGCAUUGCUAUCCAGCCUGGCGUUUUGGCGUUUCUUGUCAAUC